AUGGAACGUAUAGUUGCGCAAAUUCUUCCCAUGGCGAAGCCAGCCACUUACACUGGCAUCCGAAAGUUUGCUUUGGAAGCUUAUGAGCAAUCGAGGAAGGAAGUCAAUGCAGCCGGCAAUGACUCCGAUGCCAAGACCGUCGACCGUCUGGCGCUUCAACGCAAGCUAGGCACGAUGGACGACCUCGACAUAGCCUCAGAGUGCGCGGAUCACUUUCUGGCUGGCAUCGACACCACCAGCGACACGCUUAUGUACCUCAUUUGGGCACUAUCACGUAAAGAGCAUCACGUAUUCCAGGACAAACUGAGAAAUGAAGUCCUCAACUUGCCCCCGGACUCCCUUAAUGAACGCGGGUUGCCAAAGGCCGAGGCGAGCGACAAAUGUCAGUAUCUCAACGCCAUCAUCAAAGAGACCCUGAGAUUGUAUGCUCCUCUCCCGGCCUCUGAGCCUCGUUCACUUGAGACUGAGUCAGAUAUCGACGGCUACACGAUUCCGGCGCACGCCACCGUCAGCAUGUUGCCCUACAGUCUUCACCGCAACCCAGAAGUGUUUGAAGAGCCUCUGAGAUUCAAUCCUGAUCGAUGGCUAGGACCUAGAGCAGCAGAGAUGAACCGCUGGUUUUGGGCUUUCUCCAGCGGCGGCCGGAUGUGUAUCGGCUUGCAGUAUGUUCUCCCCUUUCCCCUUCUGUGCAUAUUGAUUCUGUGA